AAAUUUCCCUAAAAGAAACCAGAACAAGUUAUGACUGGAGGCCUGAGACUUCUAGCUCAGAGAUGCUAUUCUUGGAUAUCUUGAGCCCUGUGGUCUCCUGGGGCCCUGCGUUGCACAACACUCAGUAUGACAGCACCACUAAGCUUAAAAAUUUCCUCCCUUGCACCCAAUUUCCAUUUCCCAUUAGCCAGGGCUGCCUAUAAAGAGAAGAGGAGAUGGCUUCAGACUUCAGAAGGAGCCAGUGGUGGUGAAUAGACCAGUCCCAACUCCACUCUGCUGAUACUCGGACCCACUCUCCUGUCCCUGCUCAGCACCAUGAAGGUCCCUGUGGCUGCCCUUGCCCUCCUCCUCUGCAUCGUGGCCCUCUGUGCCCAGGUCUUCUCUUCACCAGUUGGUGCCGACACUCCGACUGCCUGCUGCUUCUCCUAUGCCCCCCGGCAGAUUCCGCGCAAAUUUAUAGCUGCCUAUUAUGAGACCAGCAGUCAGUGCUCCAAGCCUGGCAUCAUCUUCCUAACCAAAAGAAACCGGCAGGUCUGUGCCAACCCCAGUGAGGCCUGGGUCCAGGAAUACGUCACUGACCUGGAACUGAGUGCUGCAAGGAGCCCAGUGACCUCUGUGGACAGACUGGAGAGAAGGGCCUGAACCUCAGAAACAUCCCUGCAACCUCCACAGCUACCUCUCCUAUCACCGGCGUAUCUACGGAAAAUGACACCUAUGGCAAUUAGUUUUAAAUUGCUGAAUGAUCUCUCAUAGCUGAUAGUAGAAACUGUGAUGGCCAAUACAUACUGCUCAUUGGCGCCCGUCCACCCCCAAGUGGCACCCAGAGCAUGCGCCCUACCUGCCAUACCUUAGAUACACCUCUGCUAUGGCUAAUGGCCAACCACACUCUGUGACUCUUGUUAACUUUUAGUUUAUUUAUACUAUUUAAUUUUUGUAAUUUAUUUUCAAUAUGGAACUGUGUUUGUGACUGGUUUGCUCUGAUAUAAACCAGGACACCGUCUCCACCACCCCAUCCUCCCCUUUCAUUCAUAGUGUGAUUGGUAAGAAUUGAGUGACUGUCAUUGGCUUAUUCUAGGCAGACAUUGUGCCAAAGCCACCAGACUGACAAAUAAGCAUUGGAUGCACUGAAUAAUAAAGAUGCUUUUUUUAAAAAGUAAACCAGCAUUGAGUUUGAUUUUGUUCUUCUGGCAAAGCCAGAAGAGAAU